AUGCACAAGUAUGAGCUGCACCUUCUUGAUGAUGGGCCUAAAGAUGCUGAGUACACAAAGGAGCAGGCGGCUUCAGCCUGCAGGACCAUGCUUCGAAUACGCCACAUGGAAAUGAUUCUGAGCGACCUGUACAAGGAAGGCCAGAUCCGAGGGUUUUGCCAUCUGGCAAUAGGCCAGGAGGCAAUAUCGGCAGGCAUUGAGCUGGCCCUUGGCCCGGAAGAUGUUCUUAUAACAAGCUAUAGAUGCCACUCGUUUGCGCUGGUGUCGGGGCUAGACGCCAAAGAAAUAGUCUGCGAGCAGGUUGGGUCUGUUGAGGGAUGCUCUCGCGGAAAGGGAGGCUCCAUGCACCUCUACGGCAGAAACUUUUUGGGUGGGCACGGCAUUGUCGGGGCUCAGAUUUCGCUGGGCCUGGGCGCAGCCUUUGCCGAGAAGUACCGGUCUGUGCUAGAGAGCCCUCUGGGCAAGAGGCCGGCCGAGACAACACAGGUGGUUGGAGAGUGGACGAACCGCGUUUGGGAGACCUUCAGCUGCAAAAACGUGACUGUGGCAGCCUUCGGCGACGGCGCCGCCAACCAGGGCCAGCUGUACGAGUCUUUGAACAUGGCGGCUCUGUGGAAGCUUCCUAUUAUCUUUUUGUGCGAAAACAACGAGUAUGGGAUGGGCACGCCAAUUUCCAGGUCAAGCGCCUCGACAAGGAUAUACAACCGGUUCUCGUUUGUCCCGGGGAUUCUGCUGGACAGCACCGACGCGUUUGCGGUGGCUUCUGUUUUUAAGUAUGCAAGGGAGCACGCUCUGACCAAGGGCCCAAUCAUUGUAGAGUGCGCAACAUACCGGUACAACGGGCACUCCAUGACAGACGCGUUCACAGGCUACAGAACCCCUGAGGAGGUAAAUGCGCACAAGGGGAGAGACUCUGUCGAGUGCAUCAAAAAGUACAUGGGCGACGACGCAGACGCGGCUGUCCAAGAGCUGGCAGAGGCUGCGCGCAGCGAAAUGGAAAAAAUCAAGGCGGUGGCCGCCCAGUCUCCACGAUGCAGUCUUUCAGACCUUGCCACGGACAUACUGGCCUAG